UUUUAUCACAAGAUUUGAGUAUGUCAUGGCCUUGCUUUACUUAGGAAUGCAGGCAAAGACUCUCAACUUAAUCUCAAUUCUUCUGGGCCAAGUCAACCUUGAAGCAAAUAUUUUACGAUCAGUUCCCUGAUACUCAAUCUGCAUCUUAUUGGUGCUUAUAACACUUAAGAUGUUAAAAAUAUCUUUAAUGAAGUUCAGAUCCCAUUUUGCAUUGUUUUCAUUAUUAAGGAUGCUUAACAUGCUGUUUUGUUGCUUUAUUAGCAUCAUUAUUCCAAAUUUUGAAGAUUCGCUUGCUGAAUUUGUUCUGACAGAUGGAGUAGGGUACUUGCUCAUGUUUGUAAUGAUCAACAACGGAAUGUAUUUCAUCAUUGAUCCGGAUGGCCCUUAUGGCAUUGGAGUAAAGGAUAUCAUUUUAAAGGGAAAAAGGAAGACUCCACGUAUUUUGGUGUACUAUCCAAUUGACAAGAAUGAAUACGAUCAGAAGGUGAACGAUCCAAACGAAACACUUGGAUUAUUAGUCGAAGGAGAGGGUGGAGUCGAAGGCCAAUGUAGAGCAGGAGCUAUCAUACAUGGAUCCUCAGAUGCCCAUCCUUUGAUUAUCUCUUUAUGACCAAAGAAUCCUGCUAUGUUCAAGCCUAUUGUCGAAGAUUUCAAAUAUUCUAGAAUUAGAGCUCUAGUUUCUUCAGAAUUGCAUAAAGAUUUUAAGAACGGAGGUAAAAAGCUUACACCAGUUAUUUUUUCUCCAGGAUGGGGAAGCAGUAAAAACAUGUAUGCAACUAAUACAAGGUAUCUUGCUAGUUAUGGUUGAAUUGUCUUUGCUAUUAGCCAUACUGAAGGAAGCAAUGAGUUUACUUGUGAUUAUAACCAAGACCCUCCAAAGAAGCUGACUUAUAACCAUCUAGAUGCUAAGACUAACACUGAUGAUCACGGAAGGAAGUAUAAAGACAGGGAGGAGUUCUUCUCUAUUUCAGUGGAUCAAAGAGUCAAAGAUAUUGAAACCCUUUAUGAGUAUAUCCUCGAGUGUGAUUUUGCACAAUACUUGGAUAUCCAAAAAUUAGUGAUGUAUGGCCAUUCCUUAGGAGGUAUUACAGCUAUCGAAUGUUCAAGAACUAUGAAGGCUGAUUCUGGAGAACCUAAAUUUAAAGCAUGUGUUGCCUUAGAUCCUUAUUACAUGGGAAAGCUUUCAAAAAUUAUGCAGAAUGAUGAUUAUAAGGUCGAACAACCUCUAUUUGUAGUAACCUCUCAAACUUUUAAAGACAGUCCAAUUACACGAGAUUAUUACGAUAAUGAAGAAACAACUGCAAAGUUUCUUCAGAAUUGCAGAGGAGGUAACAAAGCUAACCCAAAUGUGCAAGAUAUUGCAUGGAAGAACACUGGCCAUAUGAAUCAGAUGGAUACCUGGGUUCACUCCCCAGUAAUAGCCAGAUUGCUAAACUUUAUGGGUCCUAUAAAUGAAGCUGUAGAGCGAGCUCAUGAACUAUCUAAAAUGGUGAUAACAUUCAUGGAUAAGCAUGAAAUGCUUCCUGUCAAAUUACAUCAAAAAGAGAAGAUGAAUAACUCAUAAAUUGGUGUUUUGCUAAAGAAACUAUCUUCAAUGUA